UUAUUAUUAUUAUUAUUAUUAUUGUUUUUUGGUGAUGAAAUAAAGAAGGUUUCUUUGUUAAUUUAUCAUAACCAUUUGAAUCAAAUCCUUAACUUCCUCGUCAAAAAAUAAUUCCAAAUCGAGAGCGAGCUGCGAGUGAAAAAAACCCCCACCCAAAUCCCAGCGACGCCUACGGCUUCCUUUUCAAUUUCAUUCGAUCUCAAUUUCUUAAAAUGGAGCCCGAAAAGGUACGCCUGUCAUUAUUUUAAUCCAUCGUAAUAUUCCUUGUAUGUUUCAGUCUUCCCAUGUUUCUCUGCUUUAUGUUCCAAUUCUGAAUUGAACUGAAUUGGAUCGGUUUCAAUCGGAUUGGCUUGGGUUUGGGUGGAAUUCUUUGAUUUUAUCGAAUUGUACGGUGUCCAGAGCUGGGAUUGUGGUGGAUUUUUGUUCUCGAUCUUGAUCUGAAUGUUUGGGUGAAUUAUACAAAAAAGGAGGAAUUCUUUGUUACGGAAAUUAGGAAUUGAGGAUACUUGGUUUGUAGGAAGAUAUGGAUUUGGAGAGUGAAAGUUCAGCACUUGAAUCUGUGGAAGAUAAUGAAGGAAUAGUUUACACCUCUCAUAAAUUAUUGGACGAUGCUAACGAUGAUGAAAGUACGGUUGUUGCAACAAAUGGAAUACAUGUUGAAGAAGCAAAUCGGGUUCAUGAAAGCAGAAAUGUGAAUGUAAUUGUAGGUGUGGAUUCAGGUCUUGCGGUUGAAUCACCAGCUGCUGGGGCGACUGGGAAAUCCUCUCCAUCGUCCCCCUCCACUGGGGGCCCUUACAAAGGUAGAGGGUUGAAGAAAUGGAGGAGGAUCAAGAGGGAUGUGGUUAAGGAGGGAGGAAGCCAUGUGGAUGUGAAUAAGUUGUUGAAACGGGGCUUGCCAAAUUCCGGUGUCAACUCAAACCACAAACCUGUGCAAUUUUCUGGUGGGACAAAGCAGAAUAAUAGUGAAGGCGGUUCUGUUUCUUCAACUGAUGCGUUGUUGAGAAAUUAUGGGAAUGGUUUCGAUCUCUUUGCUGCAUUUGGCGAUCCCAGGGUUGUUGGAGCUGGUGUUGUAAAUGAGAAUGUGAAUGACUCGGAGAAUAGUGAGGAUCGAAGUAGCAAGUCGUCUACAGCUGCUAGCAUUCCAAAGAUGCCUGGAUAUACUUUUGAGAGAAACAGCAUGAGGAAUUUGAGUGGGAAAAACUUGGUGAAUACAGUUCCGCAAGGUAAGAUAGGGAAAGCACGGAGCGAAACUAGUAAGAAAUUUAGAGGAGAAAUGGUCAAAAUCGAGAAGGAAAAUUCCCAAUCCAGCAUGGAAUCUGAUUCCCGAAGCUCCAACUUUCUAUUUAUGCAGGGCCUCAAUUCCUCUGUGACGAGUAAUGGGAGGAGAAGUGGAAGAUCACAGAAUUAUGAUGGUGUGGGAAACAGUGAUGAAGCUCAGGGUAGCGAUAGGCAACCCAGUGAGGAACCUCAAGUUGGUUCCAGCGGGAACAAUGGUGUAACCUUUGGAGACAACAACCAAGAAGAACUAGCUGCUGAUUCAUCUUGGCGGACUAAGGACAGAGAAAAUGAGAAUAAUGAUUUCUCAAGGGAUGAAGAUCCACUGCUUGAUUCCAUUGCUUCUCUCCAGUUGGCAAAGGAAGCACUUGAAAAAGAAAUUCAUAAAUUUAUGGAAAUCGGAAAGGAAGAUAGUACUUCUGAUGAUUCAAGCCAAUUACACUCCACCGAUGUUGGCGAUAAAUCUUUUGAUUCCUCAGAACCUGAGGGGAUUGACUCUAUGCAGACAAUGAGAGUUUUGGAAAGCAAGCUUGACGAUGCAGAAGCUUUGCUUAAGGUGAAGGAAGCUACAAUACUUGAGCUUCAAGAGUCCACCUCAUAUCACGGUAAAAACACUAUGACAGAAACAGCUUUGGACACCGAGCUCGAAACCCUUUUCAAGCAAAAAAUUGAAGCUGAAGUCGAGUACUUGGCAAUAUCAAGAAAGGUCCAAAACUUGAGGGUUUCGCUGGUAGAUCAAAUUGGUACCAUCCUGGUAGAACAAAAAGCACAAGAGACCAGGAUUCUGAACAAGCUCGAAGAUUCCGAAGAUAAGGCAGCAAAGCUUAAGGUCGAAGCUGAGCAAUUAGAGAAUCGCUGUGAAGAGAUUGUAAGCGCCAACGAAACUAUGCAGCUGAAGACGAAGGUCUACAAGUACACCUGGUGUUUCCUUACACAGUUGAUAUUGCUCUUUGCCAUCAUCCUCCUGUUUAUCUGGCAGUUUAUGCCCAGUUACCCUGAGGUUGUACCUACUUAAGCAAAACCUUUUCAUUAUUCUUUGUUUGGGUUUCUCCUCUUGGGUUUUUUUUUUGGUACAGGGUUUUUGUAUCAACCAACUUCAUAAGAGAUGUGUAUUUUUAGUCUAUUUGCGGAAGUGAAUGAAUAGAUGGAUCAGCGUAGUUUCUUUGCUAUUAGUACUUCUUUUUGGUGGUGUAUUAUGGUUACAAAAGGAUUUUUUUUUUUUUCAGCAAAGCUGCAAAAAAGAAUGAUAAACACUAGUAGUACUAAUAGUUUUGCAUCUGUGAGGAAUAUCAUGUGUGAGAGGCUAAGGAUGAAAUGGGUUUUGAAUGAGGAAACCAAUGUGAAGUCCCAAACUAGAGAGUUGUUUGUCUUCCUCGAAAGGAUUAAAAGACCGAUGUCUGACUGAUGGAGAAUGUUGGUUAGGAUACUGGUAGAGUAGACUGGCGGUAGCCUUGGGAAGAAGAUGAUAUUCCCAAUUCCCAAGUUUCAGUUAAAGGUUCAUCAAUACAGAAAUCUGUGAAGCCCUCAGCCGGUCAGUCCCUUUUGAGUUUUUAAUGCUAUUUAAUUACUUGGCACUACAAUACGUGUCUUUUUCCGGGAGAGAGAGGAGAGCC